GCGAAAAUCUGUAAGAGCCAAAGAGAAGAAGCAAAAGCGCCAAGAGGAGCGUGCAGCCAUGGCUGCUGUGCUUGCUAAGGUGCAAGCUGCCAACCAGCUUGGUGACCCACUUGGUGCAUUCCCUGUCUUUAAGAAAUUUGACAGAAAUGGGUUGAAUCUGACAAUUGAGUGCAGCAGAGUAACAGAUUUGGACCAGAAGACUCUUGACUGGGCAUUUGAACUCACAAAGACAAAUAUGCAGCUGCUCUAUGAGCAAAGUGAAUGGGGAUGGAUAAUGAGAGAGAAAAGCGAGAGGAACUGACAGAUGAGCGCGCCUUGGUAUCCUUAUUGCAAGAGAUGAGCUUGGAGCCCUCUGUCGCAUUUGUGCACUUCAGAUUUGAUGUGGAGUGUGGAGAUAGAGGUUCUUUAUUGUUAUGAAGUACAGUUAGAAAUUCGUGUCCGCAGGAAAGGAGUAGGGAAAUUUCUGGUCCAAAUCUUACAGUUGAUGGCGAAUAGCACACAGAUGAAGAAAGUGGUCCUUACAGUAUUUAAACACAAUCAUGGGGCUUACCAGUUCUUCAGAGAUGCUUUACAGUUUGAGAUAGAUGAGACCUCUCCCAGUGUAUCGGGGUGCUGCAGUGAUGAUUGCACUUAUGAGAUUCUGAGCCGCAGGACAAAGUAUGGAGACACCUCUCAUUCACAUUCAGGACAGUGUGCUGGCUGCUGCCAUUGA